UGAAAUUUCGACGGUCACCUUAGGCGGCUUGCAACAGGCCAUUAACCGCCGUAUUCACAAACCAAACUUAUACUUAUGCUUAUGACUUAAGUCAGUGAACAGCCCUUAAUGCGUUUCAAGAACCAACCUUGUACUUAUCGCAGAACUUUUCUCGUACUUAUGGUCGUGAUAAGUAAGGCUCGGUUAAGGUAGCCUCUGACCUACCUUAACGCUCCCUUGUAAACAAACAAAAUGGCGGCGAUGGACGACUUCGAGGAGUUUGUGGGCUACCUGGAUCGCCACGAAGAAAUAUCGACUGGAGCAGCCUACGAAUACGCAUCGCCGCCGCGUCGAGUAGUCAGGGAUCGUUUAAAUCCGAUGGAGCUUUACAACGACGACGAGUUUUUGUGCCGAUUCCGCUUCAGCAAAAGUGCCGUGCAGCAGCUGCUCGCAAUGCUGCCUCUGCGGGAACGCACCGACGGACGUGGGUUCCCUGUGCCGCCUCUCCUGCAGCUCCUUAUAACACUGCGGUUCUAUGGAGCAGGCACAUUUCAAAUUGUGACCGGGGACCUCGUAAAUGUUUCGCAGCCAACGGUCUCUCGGGUCAUCGAGCGCGUAUCCACCAUGAUCGCGAGAAGCCUGUUCACCGCGCUUGUGAAGUUCCCUGCCGCUUCAGAAGUGAGCGGUGUGAUGAGCGAAUUUUAUAAGUUAGGAAAGUUUCCCGGUGUCAGCGGGUGCAUUGACUGCACCCAUGUGCCGAUUAAGAGCCCUGGUGGUGACCACGCCGAGGUUUAUCGCAACCGGAAAGGAUACUUUUCGAUAAAUGUUCAGGGCAUCACGGGCCCUGACCUACAAUUUUAUGAUGUAGUGGCCAGCUGGCCAGGGUCUGCCCAUGAUAGCAGAAUUUUCGACAGCAGCCGUGCAAGAGUGCUCUACGAGACUGGUGUCGUCCCCGGGAUUCUUCUCGGAGAUAUGGGCUAUGCCUGCAGGCCAUACCUCAUGACUCCACUCAAGGAUCCUGACCAAGGCAGCCCAGAGUACAGGUACAACAAGUCACAAGCAAAAACACGAAACAGUGUGGAACGUGUGUUCGGGAUAUGGAAGAGGAGAUUUCCAUGCCUUCAGAUGAAGCUGCAACUUCAAACAAACACUACACUUGUAGUUAUCACUGCAUGUGCGGCACUUCACAACCUCAGCAGAAUUCUGCGUGACCCAUGCCCUCCCGAUGUACAGCCCCUCACUGCACCCAGUGUUCACCAGCCUGGACCAACAUUGCCGAAUGGACAGCCACAGACCGCAGUACAAGAUUCCAGUGGAUUUAGAACCCGUGCUCGUAUUAUUGCCGAUUAUUUCUCGUAAAUCCAUAUUCAUUCACUCCAUAUGCAUUCACUUUAGAUUACUCUUUAAUUAAAAAGGACAAAAAUAGGCAGGUAGGUAGGUUGAACUGGUGGUGCAUUCAGCGAUUCAGUACGUUCAUUUCCGGGCAAACAACUGUAGUGUUAUGUUCUUGCAUGCCUCCUCGUGGAACGUAAGCGGGGAUGCGCUCUUUGUGUGCUGCCCCAAAUAUAUCAGCAAUCUACGCAGACGGUUUAAACGGGGGAAAAGUUUCCCGGCUCUUGUAGCAUGUGUAGUGAACUUCAUCAGCGCAGCAUAUGCACGCUACUCGUAACCGGACGAUCCGUUUCUCUCUGUCCGCGAGAGAAGGGGGAGUGCAGCGUCCUGGCGUGCGCCAGCUUUCCAACACAUGCAUACUUUAAACUUGCACUGUGUUAUGGUGGCUGCAUGCAGGCUGUUUCACAACACAUGUGCGAAUAGAAAAUUCAUGGUGCUUUGCGACGAAACUGGCAUCAAGGGUGGGAGAUAAACAUGCACCUUCCAUUCAGCGUGCUAACACGAAGGAGCUAGCAGUAAAUCAAAAUCCAGGUUUGGGCAACUUCAUGUAUUCAUACCGUCUUCCAAGACCAGUUACCAUCUGUCUAUCUGCACCCGUCCCGUCUAUGUGUGUUCGUUGCCCCGACCUUCUCGCGCUGCAUUUAGAAAGCCUGCUAGCAGCAAGUCAUCCUCUCACUCAUUCUGUGGCCAUAUACAGUAACUACGUAGGCCAAACUGCAGGGCUGGCUGUAGCACACGUGCUGCACGCCUAUAAUAUGUAUCAAGCUAACCUGCACUUGGUACAGUUGACGACAGGUUUUUUGAACGCUCAAGGGACCGCGAAAAUGUUAGAAAAAUCAGGCAGUCCGAAAAAGCAAAUGUGCCCCCCAAAAACUCAAUUUAUUGCUUACUAUUGAGUUAGAGGCUGGAAAAAGUGAUUGAUCUUCUGAACCAUGCUUCGCUUGCGUGCAAGCAGGUCCGCCUGAAUUUUGGCAAGAGCUGUCGUGUCGCCAUAAGCCGACGAAAGAGUUGCGACCGCUUGCAUCAGCUAAGCUUAGGUCGACUGCGCUGCUGUAUGCGAGUCAUCAUCGCUCUCGGACUCUGCAAGCACUUGGCGAAUGAUUUAUUCAUCCGUGAGCCCGGCGCACAGUUCCAACUCGCUGUCCACGUCCGUGAACUCCGAAAACGAAACGGUCGAGGGAAUUUUGACGCCUGCAGUGCGAAAGUUGUCGAUGAGGUGCUCACUGCCAGACAGCUGCUCGACGACACUAUCCUCGUCCAAGAAAGCCGAGUUGCCAUUCAACACAAAUCCCGCGUGGUGGAAGCAGUUGCACAGCGUUGUGGGUGGCCACCGACUUCCACGCAUCAGCGAGCAUGCUGAGUGCUCCAAACAAAUCAACAGAGUAGGCGUUUCCACUGUCGAGGCACAACGCCACACACGAAAGCAAGCGUGACCGAUACUUCACCUUCAGGUUACGUAUCACGCCUUGGUUCAUCGGCUGUAGGAUACUUGUCGUGUUUGGGGGUAAGAACUCGACUCACACAGACUUCGAGAGAGAAAAAAAAAAUGAUUUUUUUUCUCGAUAUCUCCCACAGACUUUUGUUCUACUAAAACUACGCAAGUUGUUUAUGUGCCCGUGUGCAGCCCAGUUGUCGACAAACAACAAAACUUUGCGGCCUUCUAGAUCAAAUUUAUGAUCUAGUUUUCUCACAUAGCUUUCAAAAAACAGCUGUAUUAUCCAUGCCUUCUUGUUCGCCUCAUACAAGACAGACAGGUACUUUACACCUUUAAAGCACCUCGGAACUUUCGACUUGCCGAUGAUGAGCAUUGGCAGCUUUUCUGUCCCUGACAUAUUGCUGCCGACCAAAACAGUAACUCGUUCCUUACUGUGUUUUCCACCAUGGAAAGGGUCUUCUCUGGCAUAAGCUUAAAAAAAAAGUCCGGUCUCACCGCAAUUGAGUAUGUCGUCUGGCGAGUACUCCCGUAAGAACGACUGCAGCUUUUCACAGCGGUAGUUCGCAACAACGCUCAGGUCAACAGCUGCACUUUCGCCACACAGUUUCAAAAAACUGAGAUCAGCACGCUUUUUGAAGUUUCAGCCAGCGAUCGCUGACCUUAAAUCCCUCAAUGCUCAUCUGAAGCGCCAUCGUCUUGGCUUUCUGUUUGAGGAGGGCACCGGAGACGGAUUUGCUUGCUACUGUUGACUUCAGCCAAACAAGGAGGGCCUCCUCGAGCUUUCGAUAGGUGCCUUGGCUUACAUUUUUCUGCCAACACCCAGUAGACUUUCCCGCUGCCUCCAAAAUCUUUUGCUUGUUUUUCAUGUAGUCCGAAAGAGCAUGUUUGGAAAUUUUAAACUCUUUUGCGACAUCUGCCUGUGAUUGGCCACCUUCGAUGAACUUGAUGAUUGCCACUUUCUUCGCCAUCGGCAUUGUGGCGUACUUGCCUCAGUUCAUCGGAAUUCUCGAGGCCAACAACAUAGAUUUCUUCUCCAUUGUGAAUUAGCAUGCUUGGCUAAGCAGUACACACAGCGCAGUCGUCGGGAAGUUGUCACACCGACUUUGUUGAGUGCUGCCACGUUGUACGAAAAAAUAAAGUUCCGGAAACAGCGUCUUGAAGCACUGAAGCCGAUUCAGUCAAAUGCGAGCCACAGUAGCUUGCUACUGCUAAGCUUGUCAACACCCUGCAAACACAAACAGGCAAUCGAAGGAACAAAGGAAGAAAAAAAAAGCAUUGCGUUACGGCAGUGACGCUGUUGCGGAAGCUGCUAGCAUAUAGCCUCAACCCAGCAUCCGAGUAGCAGAGGAACCGCCAUGCAAGACCGGCACCGGUUUCGAGACUACAGGAUGAAAAUAUAAACAAACAAGAUGGCGGCGACACAGCUCAAGAUGCGCGGCAUCUUUUGCUUGGAAAGUCCAAAAAGAUCGAACAGCCCUCCCUAGAGUGUCUGAAAUUUUAAGCCACGUAAUACACUGACUUUGUGAGGUAUCUCCUGGGGCUGGGAAAAAGUCAGAAAAAUCAAGCAUGUCCAAAAAAUUAGGCGUCCGAAAAAUCAGUCGUCGACUGUGAUUUGUUACUAUUUCUUUGCAUGUGUUCAUGAAUGCAAAAGCUUUUUUGGCAGAUCAGCAAUGCCAUUGUAAACACACUUCACUUUUAAUAGGUUUUCCUGCCAUCACUGUUUUCCAAGCACUGUUGUUCUCGAGCGCUUGAAUUUAUUUCGCUUCACAGCAGACAACAUUGUCGCGGCCACUGGUGUUCGUGCAAGCGUAGGCUGCACAGAACGCCGGCAUGAUUGGCCCACCACUUCAAUUGAUGCUGCGCACGUUGACUACCGCUCUACAUACAAACAAAGGAAUGCGGGGUCGAGCGAAGCAGAUUAUGACGCCACGCACGCAGAAACAAGCACGGUCAGGCAUGGUCGCGGUGACUGUGAAGGAACGAAACACUAGUGUUGACGUCACUAUGCCGCGGUUUCCCGUCUCCGCUGACG